AUGGCCCCGCGGCCCGGCGUGUGACGGCCCGCGCCCCAGCGAGCCCGCCCGCCGGCCAUGUCGGCUGCCAAGGAGAACCCGUGCCGGAAAUUCCAGGCCAACAUCUUCAACAAGAGCAAGUGUCAGAACUGCUUCAAGCCGCGCGAGUCGCAUCUGCUCAACGACGAGGACCUGAGCCAGGCAAAACCCAUCUAUGGUGGCUGGCUGCUGCUCGCUCCAGAUGGGACUGACUUUGACAACCCAGUGCAUCGGUCUCGGAAAUGGCAGCGGAGGUUCUUCAUCCUCUAUGAGCAUGGCCUCCUGCGUUACGCCCUGGACGAGAUGCCUACCACCCUUCCCCAGGGCACCAUCAACAUGAACCAGUGCACGGACGUGGUAGACGGGGAGGGCCGGACUGGCCAGAAGUUCUCUUUGUGCAUCCUGACACCCGAGAAGGAGCACUUCAUCCGGGCUGAGAACAAGGAGAUUAUUAGCGGAUGGCUAGAGAUGCUUAUGGUCUACCCCCGGACCAACAAGCAGAACCAGAAGAAGAAACGAAAAGUGGAGCCACCCACACCACAGGAGCCGGGGCCUGCCAAGAUGGCUGUCACCAGCAGCAGCAGCAUCCCCAGUGCUGAGAAAGUCCCCACCACCAAGUCCACCCUCUGGCAGGAAGAAAUGAGGGCCAAGGACCAGCCAGAUGGACGCAGCCUGAGUCCAGCCCCGAGUCCAGGCCAGAGCCAGCCUCCAGCUGCCAGCUCCCUGCGGGAACCUGGGCUGGAGAGCAGAGAAGGUCCUCGACCCACCUGCCGCAUGAUCUGCAGCAUCUCCCUCAACUCCUUGGACACCGCCAGCCCGCCCCCUGCUCACCUGGACUCUGGCAGCGCUGGGGGGCGGGGAGCAGAGAGACUGGGGCACGCCUUUGCCUUUAAAGCCAGCAGGCAGUAUGCCACCCUGGCCGACAUCCCUAAGGCCAUCAGGAUCAGCCACCGAGAAGCCUUCCAGGUGGAGAAAAGGCGGCUGGAGCGUAGGACUCGGGCCCACAGCCCAGGCAGGGAAGAGGUGGCCCGUCUGUUUGGAAACGAGCGGAGGAGGUCCCAGGUGAUUGAGAAGUUUGAGGCCUUGGACAUUGAGAAGGCGGAGCACAUGGAGACCAGUGCGCCUGCUGGGCCCACACCAACCAGUGACACUCGCCAGGGCCGCACCGAGAAGAGGGUGUUUCCCAGGAAGCGGGACCUCACUGCUGAAGCCCCUACAGCCCCGCUCCUAGACGUGCCAGCUCCCCCCCUGUCUCCACACCGAAGAGCCAAGUCACUGGACAGGAGGUCCACGGAGCCCUCCAUGACGCCCGACCUGCUGAAUUUCAAGAAAGGCUGGCUGACCAAGCAGUAUGAGGACGGCCAGUGGAAGAAGCACUGGUUUGUCCUGGCAGAUCAAAGCCUGAGGUACUACAGGGAUUCAGUGGCUGAGGAGGCAGCUGACCUGGAUGGGGAAAUUGACUUGGCUACGUGUUACAGUGUCACUGAAUAUCCAGUCCAGAGAAACUACGGCUUUCAGAUACACACAAAGGAGGGCGAGUUUGCCCUCUCAGCCAUGACGUCAGGGAUCCGGCGCAACUGGAUCCAGACCAUCAUGAAGCAUGUCCACCCGACCACCGCUCCUGACGUGACGAGCUCGUUGCCAGAGGAGAAGAGCAAGAGCGGCUCCCCUGAGACCUGCCCCAGGCCUAGCGAGAAGCAAGAGAGCGACCCGGGGGAGCCGGACCCUGAGCAGAGACGAAGCCGCGCUCGGGAGCGGAGGCGCGAGGGGCGCUCCAAGACCUUUGACUGGGCCGAGUUCCGCCCCAUCCAGCAAGCCCUGGCCCAGGAGAGGGCUGGUGCCACAGGGCCCUGUGAUGCCCAGGAGCCCGGGUGCCCUGAGGCAGACCCAGGGGAGCUGGAAAGGGAGCGCACCAGGCGCCGGGAGGAGCGCCGCCGACGCUUUGGGGCACUUGACACUGUGGAUGGGCCUGGGGGCACAGAUGACGCCAUCUUGCGGAUGGAGGUUGACCGGAGCCCAAGUCUACCUGUAACCUCAGACCUCAAGACACAGAGUGUCCACGUGGAGAUUGAGCAGCGCUGGCAUCAGGUGGAAACAACCCCUCUGCGGGAAGAGAAGCAAGUGCCCAUCUCCCCACUGCACUUGUCCCCUUCCGAGGACGGAAGCAAUCGGCUCCCCACACAUGAGCUGACAUCUUUGCUGGAAAAGGAGUUGGAACAGAGCCAGAAAGAGGCCUCCGAACUCCUGGAGCAGAACCGCCUUCUCCAGGACCAGCUGCGAGUGGCGCUGGGCCGGGAGCAGAGUGCUCGGGAGGGUUACGUGCUGCAGACUGAAGUGGCCACCUCCCCGCCCGGUGCCUGGCAGAGGCUCCAUAAAGUCAACCAAGAUCUCCAAAGUGAGCUGGAAGCCCAGUGCCAGCGCCAGGAGCUGGUCAAUCAGCAGAUUCAGGCCCUGAAACGAAGCUACGGGGAGGCCAAGGACGCGAUCCGACACCACGAGGCCGAGGCGCAGAGCCUCCAGGCAAGGCUGAGCAACGCCACCGCCGAGCUGGCCAUCAAAGAGCAGGCACUGGUUAAGCUCAAGAGUGACCUGAAGCUGGAGAAGGACAAAGUCCGCGAGCAGCUGGAGGAGUGGCAGCACAGCGAGGCUGUGCUGAGCGGGCAGCUCAAGGCCAGCGAGCAGAAGCUCAGGAGUGCGGAGGCCCUGCUGCUAGAGAAAAUGCAGGAGCUGCGGGACCUGGAGACGCAGCAGGCACUGCAGAGGGACCGGCAGAGGGAGGUGCAGCGGCUGCAGGAGCGCAUAGCCGACCUCAGCCAGCAGCUUGGCGCCAGCGAGCAGGCCCAGAGACUGAUGGAGGAGCAGCUGCAGAGGAACUACGAGCAGCUGAUGGAGAGCUGCGAGAAGGAGAAGCAGGUGUUGCUGAAGAGCCUGAAGGAGGUGGAGGACAAGGCCAGCGCCUAUGAGGACGAGCUGCAGGACCGUGAGCAGCAGGUGGAGGUGCUGCAGAAGGAGAAGCUGAGCGCCAAGUUCAAGGGCAGUGAGCGGGUGCACCAGCUGGAGGAGCAGCUGGAGAGGAAGGAGGCCAGCAUCCAGGAGCUCGCCAAGCACGUCCAGGGCCUCCGAGACGAGUGUGACCUCCUCAGGCAGCGCUUCCAAGAGCUAGUGGCCCGGGUUACCGUGUCUGACGAGGACGUUGCUGCACUGCAGGCACAGCUGAGGGGGAGGGAGGCCGACUACCAGAGCCUGGAACACUCCUUCGGGGAGGUGUCUGGGCAGCUCCAGCACAUGCACACACUGCUCCACGAGAGGGAGGAGGAGCUGGGGCGCAUCAAGGACCUGCACGAGAGAGUCGUGGAAAAGAAAGAGCAGGACCUCAACGAGGCCUUGGUGAAGAUGGUGGCCUUGGGGAGCAGCUUAGAGGAGACUGAAAUAAAGCUUCAGGCAAAGGAGGAGAUGCUCAGGAAGCUAGCAGAUGAGUCUUUAAAGGAGUCAGAAGAGCCUCGUGCCACCCUGAGGACAGACUGUGGCAGCAUUGUGCAUGUGGGCCAGCAACUCCAGGCCACAGGGGUGCCUCUGGGCACCCCACAUGCAGAGCCUAAGGGCAAGGACCAGGGGGCUGACCUGGGGGAAGACAGUGGGGCCGGCAGCCCCGGAGGAGAAGAUAGCAGUAUUCUCCUGAGGUCAGCGGAAGUGCCUGAUAACGAGGGACACCUGCAGAGCAUGACAAGGCCCGACCCGAGGAUACCAGGUAUUAAAAGGCAAAGAAUCCGGUUCUCCACAAUCCAGUGCCAAAAAUACAUCCACCUCGACGGGUCAGAGAAGGCCUGGACGAGCAGCACAUCCUCUGACACGAGCCAGGACCGCUCACUCUCAGAGGAAAGUAUGUCGUCCGAGCCUGCCCCAGGCCCACUCCCCGGGCCCAGCGAUGCAGACACCUACCUCUCUAUCAUACAUUCCCUGGAGACCAAGCUGUACAUCACGGAGGAGAAGCUCAAGGAUGUAACCCUACGGCUGGAGAGCCAGUGUGGCCGAGACCAGGAGGCCCUGGUGGCACUGCACCACCAGUGGGCAGGCACUGAGGUGCAGCUCCGUGAGCAGCUCCGGGCCAGCCUCGCGCAGGCUGGUGCGCUAGCUUCCCAGCUGGAGCAGGAGCAACAGGGCAGGGCAGCAUUCAUGGAGAGCCAUACUAGGGAACUCGGGGACUUCCAGAUAAAAAACAGCCAGGCCCUUACCUACUUAGAAAAAUGCCAUGAACAGCUAAGGUCCCUGCCAAGGACGGGCCAGGAAGAGGAGCAUGCUGCCCCCUCAUCCUCUCUGGCCAGCAUGGAGAGCAUAUUAGCCGAUGCCAUCCAGGUACUGCAGCUCCUGCCAGCUCCUGCAGAUAACACAGCCCCUGCACCGCAUGAAGAUGGGAGCUGCCUGCAAGGAGGGAGACCCCCUGCUCAGCAGCAGCCCUGGCAGCCUGAGCUGACAGAGCAGGAACAGUUGAAGCUCCUCUCAGACCAGAUAGCUCUGGAAGCUUCACUGAUAAAUCAGAUUGCAGACUCUUUAGGAAAUACAACAUCUGAUAUCUCUUGUGUCCUCCAAGAGAUUUCUCAGGCAGGAGGCUUGCCCCUGGACUCUGAAAGUGCUGUAGCUUAUCCUAGGUCUUUGGCAGAUUCCCUGGCGAAGAAGCUGCUGGUGGACGGGGAAUUCUGGAGCCAGGUUGAGUCACUGAGCCAGCACCUGGUGACGCUAGGAGGAGAGGCAGUAGAGGCCACCGACGGGGGGUGGCCGGGCCUCCCACCUGCCCUGGUCCCCACCAUGGCAGAUGCUACGCUGGUCAGGGCUGAGCUGAGUUUUGUCACACAGUCAGUGAGGGAGUCGUUUCACCACAGGCUGAGCAGCGUUCAGGAAAAACUGCGCAGCGCCAAGGCAGCACUGCAGCGACUCAGGUGCAUGCUGAGCGAGAUCCUGGAGGCCUAUCACACUCCAGAUUUUGAGAGAGUGAUGCAGCAGGCUUUGGAGGCCCUCGGGCUUCAAGCAGGUACUGAAGAAGGUGUCCUGCAGUCCUGGGACUUGAGCCCCCUAGGGGAAGUGCUGAGUCAAGACCCCAGCAGCACCCUAGAGCCCUUUCAGCCACCAGAUCAGAGCUCUGGUGCCUUCGUUGCCAUUCAGGAAGAACUUGCCCAGCAGCUUAAAGCCAAGGCUCACAUCCUGGGGGAGAUAGCCACUGCUCUCUCGUGCCUUCCUCCUGUGGAGUCCUUGAGUGGCUGUCAGAAGCUUCUUCAGGCAUCCCAGACUCUCUCCCACAGCACAUGUUUGGGAGGCCUCAGUCAGUACUCUUCACUGUUAGUUCAGGAUGCCAUCAUUCAGGCUCAGGUGUGCUACACGGCCUGCAGAAUUAGGCUGGCAUAUGAAAAGGAGCUCCAGUUGUACAAGGACUUGUGGCAGAGCAGGGACGCCCCCUGCCAGGAGCACUUGCAAGCUCUCGGGGCCCUGAGGGAGGAGUAUGAAGAACUUCUCCGGAAGCAGAAGAGCGAGUACCUGGAAGUGAUUGCCAUCAUCGAAAGAGAAAACGCAGAGCUCACGGCCAGGGUGACACAGCUAGGCCAUCAGCAGGGCUGUCUGGAGGCAGUGGAGAGCGAGCACAGUGCGACUGUGUGCACCCUGCAGGGGCGGCACGGAGAGGAGCUGCUGGCCAUGAUGGAGCAGCUCGGCCAGGCGGAGCGCACGCUGCAGGCCGAGCAAAGCCGGGUCCUGAGCCAGUUGGAUGCCUCCACCAAAGACCUGCAGGACCCAGAGCAGCACCACGUGGAGCAGAUGCAGACCCUCGAGGACAGGUUCCAGCUUAAGAUAAAGGAGCUGCAGGGUAUUCACGCGGAGGAGCUGCGGACACUGCAGGAACACUGUUCCCAGAACCUGCAGCGCCUGAAGGAAACCCUCAGCCACUGCCAGCAGCAGCGCCCUGGAGCUCUGCCAGCCCCCGGCCCCCCGAGAGGCCCACCGCCACCCUCCCCCAGCUGGCCAGCCAGUCAGGCUGAGGGAGUGGCUGAGUCUGCAGCCAGGCUGCACGAGCGCAUACAGGAGCUAGAGGCGCAGACAGACACCAUGCAGGAGGAGCUGGAGCACAAGGACCUGGAGGGUGGUGUGGCCACACUGCAAAAGAAGUACCAGAGAGACUUGGAGAACCUGAAGGCCACAUGUGAGCGGGGGUUUGCAGCCAUGGAAGAGACACACCAGAAAAAGAUUGAGGACCUGCAGAGGCAGCACCAGCGGGAGCUGGAGAAGCUGCGCGAGGAGAAGGACCGCCUCCUGGCAGAAGAGACUGCCGCCACCAUCUCAGCUAUUGAGGCCAUGAAGAAUGCCCACCGGGAGGAGAUGGAGCGGGAGCUGGAGAAGAGCCAGCGCUCCCAGAUCAGCAGCAUCAACUCAGACAUAGAAGCCCUGAGGCGGCAGUAUUUGGAGGAGCUGCAGUCGGUGCAGCGGGAGCUGGAGGUGCUGUCAGAGCAGUACUCACAGAAGUGCCUGGAGAAUGCCCACCUGGCCCAGGCGCUGGAGGCUGAGCGGCAGGCCCUGCGGCAGUGCCAACGCGAGAACCAGGAGCUCAACGCCCACAACCAGGAGUUAAAUAACCGCCUUGCUGCAGAGAUCACACGGCUGCGGACAUUGCUGACCGGGGACGGUGGAGGGGAGGCUGGGGGUUCACCGCUCACGCAGGGCAAGGACGCCUACGAGUUAGAGGUCUUACUGCGGGUCAAGGAGUCAGAGAUACAGUACCUAAAACAGGAAAUCAGCUCUCUCAAGGACGAGCUGCAGACAGCACUGCGGGACAAGAAGUACGCUAGCGAUAAGUACAAAGACAUCUACACGGAGCUCAGCAUCGUGAAGGCAAAGGCAGACUGCGACAUCAGUAGGUUGAAGGAGCAGCUGAAAGCAGCUACAGAAGCCCUGGGCGAGAAGUCCCCCGAAAACACCACAGUGUCAGGAUAUGAUAUAAUGAAAUCUAAAAGCAACCCUGACUUCUUGAAGAAAGACAGAUCCUGUGUCAGCCGGCAACUCAGAAAUAUUAGGUCAAAGAGUCUGAAGGAAGGCCUGACGGUGCAAGAGCGGUUAAAGCUCUUUGAAUCCAGGGACUUGAAGAAGGACUAGCUGCCUCCCAUCCCACCUGAACACCCCCCGAGCUCACAGCAGUCCAGCCGAGUGCUGCUCCCUGUCUGCAUCUGACUUUAUCACUGUUGUCGUUGCCAUCACUGUUGUCUGGGGUACGGGUACAUGAGGUGUGUUGCGGGUUGCUCACACCAGUCCCUGCCCGAUGGUUCAGACUUCCCAGUGUCUUAUCAAAGCUCUUUUCUUUGGUAUUCAGAAUUGAGUCAGUCAGUCAGCUAGGAGCCAGGCUUCUGCCUUGGUACCACUUCCUUGCUGUAACCACCACGCUAUCAGUAUUAAGGCCAACAGCCUGUCGAUAAGCUAGCUCCGUCUCACGUGGGCACUGGGGCCGUGGGCCGUUGGUAGCUUCUGCUCUGCUGCACAUGGCAGUGGUGUGGUGCUGGGUCCUUGGGAGCCAGGUGCUCCAUGAGGUAGACUUCCUUGUGGUCACCCUCUGGGUCCAGCACAGCCGUCAGCACACUGGCCAGCCUGGGUCGCAGCACUGCAGCGCACUAGCCUACAGGGAGAAGCAGAGGAGGAAACACAGGCUUCCCUCUGGGGGACUGACAUUUGGGAGGACAGUGUUUUGUAUUUGUUCCACUAAUGCAGCUUAGAACCACAUCCCAGAUAAUUGGGGUAAACCUAUCCACAACCUGAAAACUGUUAAAAGCAACCAUUCCUAAUUUUGUUUGUUUUUUAUUAAAUCUUGCACAAAAUACCAAGUCCUCCUCUCCUUCCUUCCUCUGACUGUUUCUUUCUGGGUCAUUAAUAACCCUGGUAUUUUCAAAACGACUUAGUGUUGACCUGCAGCCUAGUGUUUCAAACUGUGAUUGCAAAUAAUGAUGAGUUCCCCUUAGGGAAUCAUUCACAGGGAAAAGAGAAUAUUCAUUUUACCCUUUCUGUAAAGAAACUGUCAAGUUGCUUUUGAAAAGGUUGAGAGAACCCAUAUAUUAAGUCAAGAAGACAGUAGAGGGGAUGUCUGUGUAUCAUGAAAAUUGUCUACUAGUGUGUAUUCAUGCAUCUUAACUAUGGUUUAGUUCAUCUGAGUGCAGUUGUUUACCUUGGAAAGCCCAGUUAAAACAACUCUGUACUAACAAUUUUGCUUUUUCUAAUUGGAACAAGAUCUUUUAAACUUCCAGGAAGCAUCCUACAGCCCUGUUUGUUAGGUUUCUGUGUGACCCCAUGGAGACCCUGACUCCCACUAAGAUGAGGAGCACAAGCACCUCCGGCCAGGUGGGCUGCUCAGGCAGGGCAGUGGUCACUGCUGUGGGGCAGUCAGCACUUCGCAUUCAUGCUCGCAGCAGACUUACUGUCUCUGUGGUACAUGGAGAAGCCCUGGUGGCGCAGUGCUUAAGCACUCAGCUGCUAAUCAGAAGGUUGGCAGUUCGAACCCACCAGCUGCUACACAGGAGAAAGAUGUGGCAGUCUGCUUCCAUA